AUGCCGACCGAGCACGCCGACCGAGCGGCGAUCGAGCGAGCCCAGGACGUCCUGUACGACGAAGGCACGAAGCUACGGCAAGAGGUGUUUGGACCCCAGUACAUCAGCCAGUCAAAGAGCCUUCCCGAUUUUUUACAACCAGUGCAAACGAUGGCGGUCACUGCCGGCUGGUCACUGUGCUGGUCGAGGCCUGGUCUGGACCGCAAAACACGAUCGAUGCUCUGCUUGGCCAUGUUGGCUGUCAUGGGACAUGAAAAAGAGCUGGCUGUUCAUGUCCGCGGCGCUAUCUCUAACGGGUGUAGUCAAGAGGAGAUCCGAGAAACUGCAGUCUAUGGUGGUGUGCCCUGCGCGGCGAGAGCGACUCGGAUCGCGUGGGAUGCGCUGCAGGAGGUGGAUGACGGCGAUGCUUUACAAAAACAGAUACAGGAAUAA